CACUUUUGUACAGGCAGCUGGUCAGCCUUCACAGUACCUGGGCUGUUUAAUGCCCCCCUAAUCUCUGGAAACUUUUAUCUGAGGGAUUUCUAUUAGCCACAACAUUUAGUCUUGUAAUUGACAGUUUGUCUAUGUUGGGAAUAGUUGUUCUACACAACACGGGAGGAGUGAGAGAUAUAUUCUACAAUUCAUUUUCAAUCGAGGGAAUUUAAUGAUAGGUACUGAAUGGAUUAAACUGAGGAUGUGUAUUUGUCUGUUUUUGUGAAUUUAAUGGAGAUUUAAUUGAAGAAGGACACUGUAUUAUUUUGAUUUUUCUUUCUAAUCGAGCUUGAUGAUCAGCACAAACUGGGCUGUCAACAAGCUGAGUUUACAGAGCUGCAUUCAGAGAACUGAAAAAAGGUGGAGGAAAGGACUUGCAAGGAGAAAGAAAGUGUUGAUAAAAAAAAAAGAAUUGAACAAGAAAGAUCCAAAUUCUUAAGAUUUCAGCACCACUAGUACUUUUGUGAUAUUCUCUAAUUCGAAUGUGAUCCGAGAAGGAAAGUUGAUUUGACUCUGUGGGGAUUAGCUGAUUAUGAUACAAGUUACUGUGAAAUGUCAUGUAGAAUUCACCACAUCGCCUGGAUAACAUUAGUUAUAUUGUCCAGUGCUCAAGAUGUUCUGGCCCUAGCAUGGAUAGAACAGCCAGCGGACACAAACUCAGUCAUUGGAGGCGACGCAGAGUUUAUCUGUAACUUCUCUGGAGCUUCCCUGUCCACAUGGACUCGUCCCGGUGGGACCCUGUUUGUAAACAAUGUGUCCAUGACCACAGAUUCACGGUUUUCCAUCACUGGACAUUUCAACCUCCAUAUCCGCAAUGUUAAGAAAGAAGACCAAGGGGAGUACACAUGUACCGUACAGAAUCUUCAGCCUGUUGGGAAAGGAUAUCUCAACGUAUACAUUCCUCCACACAAUAUUUCUGUUGUAACCAACGACACCAGGCCAUCACAGAUUGAAGGAGACUACAUCUCCCUGACCUGUUCCGCCAUUGGAAACCCCCGCCCGGAGAUCACAUGGUAUCGAGAGGAUGCCCAGUUACUGGACAGUUCCAUGACCCAGAUCAUAGAGCAGCCGUCCAUCGGACACGGAGAUAUAGAGACACAGGUCACCAGUCAGCUGAUCAUAAAGCUCCAGUACACUGACCAUAACAAGAACUUCUACUGCUCUGCUAGGAACGAGGUCAACCUCAAUAAUCCCAGCAAAGUCCCUUUCCUAGUACAAGUGCAAUAUAAACCCCGCAUUACCCUGGAGCCCUCCCCCCUGAACAUUCUCCUUGGAUCAUCCAAACAGCUGAGAUGUAUCGUUAGUGCUAAUCCAGUAGUUUCCAGGGUCAGAUGGCAAAAAGACACCCAAACGUUAACAAACACGGACGUAGUGCUACCAUUUACAAGCGUUGAGAGAACAGCUGCCGGCCAUUAUACCUGCUCUGCCUCCAACAUUGUCAAUGGACAAACCUUGUCCGCCAGCGACAGUACCACUGUCAGGGUCAUUUAUGAGCCUGUUAUCACCGUCCCAGCCACUGUUGUAGUCAAUGAGACCGGUGAGCUACACCUUCACUGCGCCGUGGACGCCAAUCCUCCACCCUUGUCGGUGAAAUGGAAGAAGCUGGACAAUUCCAGGGAGUCCAUCUCCGCCAACUUCACAGCCUCCCCGGUCACUCAGGCCUAUGCCGGGAACUAUACUUGUAUUGUGGUGUAUCGACUGGAGCCUUCAGGGGGAGCUCCCAUACAGGAUCAAAAACUGGCCUACACCUAUGUUCAUGUCCAGUAUAAACCUGGAUAUUCUUCAAUCAAAGCUGUCUCAAACCCUGUGAACAUUGGAGACACCCUCUCUCUUACCUGUUCUGUCUCCAGUCAAGGAUACCCAGCACCUAAGUAUAGGUGGAAAAAAAUAGGAAGCAAUGAAGUGUUUUCUGAACAAGGAGCCACACUGACAAUCGAUUCAGCGAGAUUGAGUAAUAAUGGCCAGUAUGCCUGUACUCCGUUUAAUGUGGCGGGUGACGGUGGUACAUCUACCAUCAUUGUAGAAGUGCAAGAGCGCCCACAAUUCGUAGAGUAUCCCCCCACCAGCCAGACCAUCUCGUCUGACCAACCCACCUACUCCGUCCUGUGUAAGGUGAGGGGACUCCCCAAACCCAGGAUAGAGUGGCUGAAGGAUGGCAUGGUCAUCCAGUCAGGGCCCCAGUACAACAUCACAGAGUCAGUCACCCCCGUGGAAACCUACAGCAAGCUGGUCAUCUCACAGCUCAGAUUUGCUGGUACUCAGAGGCAAGGUUUGAUGGUAGAUGACAUUGGCAAUUUCACUUGUCGAGAAUUACUGGGAGGGGAGCAACACAACCUAGAGCUUUAUAUAAUGUUCAAACCAUCUGUGGACACUGAUGAGAAGGUGGCCACCACAGUGAACCAGUCAACUACCAUGACCUGUAGGGGUAGAGGCUACCCUGCCCCCACUUUCGAGUGGUACCGAGACAACAAGAUCAUCCUGACAGGGUCCCGGUACACAGUCGACCCCACCACUCAGGUGGGCCCCACUGAAGCUGUCGGCUCUCUGUCUAUCAGGGAUGUGGUAGCAGGGGACUUUGGAGCUUAUGUGUGCAUUGCUCAGAACUCCAAUGGCCAAGCCCACAAAACUGUGCUCCUAACUGUUAAAAAUCGACCAGAGGCUCCCUACAAUCUGUCUGUGAUAUCUUACACAUGGGAGUCAGUCUACAUAGGCUGGACCCCAGGGUUCAACGGUGGGGAGACCCAGUCCUUCUUUAUCCACUUCACCAGUAGUGUUCCUCCCAUUUACACAGGGGAGAUAACUGUCUCACCACCAGCUGCCACUCGUUUUAAUAUCACUGGUUUAAUGCCUGGAGUGGCCUAUCAGUUUUUCGUGUAUGGGAAAAAUUCAUUAGGAAAGGGGAACAACUCACAAAAACUAAUUAUCAAGACCAAAGAUUUCGCAUUCCCAUUAGUAAAAAAUACACCGGAUUACUCAGCCGAAAACAAAAAGUUAAAAAUUCCAUUUACACUGAACUCUACAUACUGUGUCAAAGUGAAAAUAAGUGUAAAUGGAGGGAGCACGUGGCAGACCAUUCCAAUGAGUGGCAAGGAGUGUUUCCCAGCCAGCGAAGAGACCGCGGAGCUGAGUCUACAGAGUGACAACAUCAACCGCCUCAAUGUGUCCAUCUGUCUGUCGGUUAGACCGGACGUCUGUGGGGUUCACCUGGCCGCAUCAAUCAGUGACUCCCUGCAAUAUGGUUUCCAAAGACAAUCUCAGAAAACCGAUCUGACGGAGACCGAGGUGAUCAUCAUUGGAGUCAUCUGUGCCGUCAUCCUGCUCAGUCUCAUCAUUGUACUCAUUGUCAUCAUCUGUCGCCGUAGAACAAAUGCAAAAGACUACGGCAACUCAUCUACAACUGUAAGUCGGCCAGUGCCCAAUCUUCAAACCAAUGGAAAUUCAGUAGGACCACCCAAACCCCAGAGGGGGCCCGACAAUCAAGGUAUAGAUUUCUUCCAUCUUGGUGGUGUGGGUGUAGCUGGUAGUCGUGGUGUUAGUCACUAUAGUAACCAUACAUAUUGUUCACUUGGAAAUGGUUUUGAUCCACCACCACAAUACCAAAGUGUCAUUAAUAAUGGGAGCAUCCCCCUAGAUACCUCAUAUGAUUCUCAGUUAGCAAAAUACGAAAAUGAAAUGAACAUGCGAAAUAUGCAUAAUUUAAAGAAUGAGGCCUAUUAUGGAGUUCACAAUGGUUCUCCCUCAACACCAAGGAAAGACCCACAUCAUUUUCUGGAGGCACAAGACAGAAAAGACCUGUCUAAGGGGGGUCAGGAAAGUGGCUACUCCACCCCCGAGGGACAGCAACAGAAACCCAAAAAGGUCAUUUACGAAGUUGUUGUAUGAUGUGUUCUCCCGUCUUACACUUCCUACUUCAUCCAAAAGAUCAACCAAUCAGAACAGGAGGAGAUGUCAUGUGAUUUUAAGACAGAACUGAUCUGCAGGUUGAAAUGGUCAAGGUCAGAUAGAACAAUUCCUUGGGAAUUUGACCUUGAACUAAUUCUAGUCAGAUGACAUGGCAACUCUUGAAUUGGUGGCCUUUAUGAAUGUGACCUUACUGAAUGUUGUGAACCUCAUGUGCUUCCAUAUUCUUGGGAUGUAGACCAUCACCAUUUUGACCCAUCAUUAUGGUGUUGUCUAUACUGAGGCCUUGUGGGAAAUAACUAUGGCUGACCUUCCAACUAUUCAAAGAUGGUGCUUUUUUCCCUCUUUUUCACUGUGGAUGUAUCCUGCAUGUGUAUACAGACCAAAACAUGAUAACCCAGUGCAAUCAAAGUACAUAUACUGCUAUAUGCUGUAUGAUCUCGCUUUAAAAAGGAACAAAGUGUAUUCACUAUUACUAUCAUAUGAUAUGUUUGCUUUUUCAAUGUGUAUUUUUAUGACACAGACUUUUGUUCAAACAAAAGUGAGAAAAAUAGACAAGGAUGUGUAUUGGUGCUACACACGAGACAUGUAUCACAUAACUACAGUACUUCAUUGAAACAUUUCUAAAACAUGGAGGCACAGUAUAACAUGGUCAUUGUCAUCAUUUCAUACUGCAUAUAUUGCCAUGGCAACUAGAAUGAGUGAUAGCUCAACAGUGAGUGCAGGGGGUUAAUGUGUGUUUUUGGAAAAAGUGAGAGAUUUCCCAUGAAAUUUCAAUUGAAAGACUUAUUUUUCUAUAUUAUGUAUAUCUUUAAAUACUCAAAACUGCAAUAAACUUGCCAUGUACUAGAGACAAUAUUGCACAGUUCUAAAGUGAAAUUUGAGACAAAAAUUAUAGUUUUGGACUCGCUUGACAAAUUGGAAGUUUUAAUCUUUGCUCUUUUUUAAUUGUGUUUUAUAGAAAAGAUUAUUUUGACUUGGUUUAUGAUGAAAUGUAGAAUGCAAGUUGACUGCAGCACAAGAAGAAUAUAUGUGUAUUGAGGAAGAGAGGGAGAAAAGAAUGAAUGAAUUUGUAUAUACCGGUAUUGUGAGAGAUGGAUGGAGAGAACGAAAGAGGAAAUCAAAGACUAAAGUGCCCACCUGUGUAGAGUUCAACUCUUCAUUAAUUAUCAUUUCCUGUUAAUCCUUUGUUAAAGGUGUAUCUUGUAUUUCAACAACUGACUCUGGCUUCCACUGUAGAGGAAUUUCUCUGUCUUAUACAUUGAUGUUUAACCAAAGAAAACUUCCUCCAAGAAAAAUGUAAAAGCUGUUUCCAACACUGCCAUGUUAUGUAGCAAGUAUAUGAAUUCCAAUGAUAACUGUUGUAAAGAAGGAUGCUCUUUUUUAUUGCAUGAUCUUUUGUAUUUUCAACCUGUUCAAAAAACUUUUAGCUUUUCAACUUUCUUUCAUUUAAGUUCAUCCUUUUUAGAAGUCAUUUGUCAUUACUAUAUUUUAGAAGUUGUGCAAGAAAGUUGUAUUUAUAAUUAUUAAAGUUUAUUAAAACAG